AUGGAGCGUAACCUCUUCGCUCCGGAGAAAUCAAGGGUACUGCCUACAUACAACCAAAUGUCAAAAGAUAAAAGAGGUCCAUCAACCGCUGGCGUCGUACCCGGCGCUAGUGGAGCUGAACCUCCAACCAACACCGAACCGGCACGACAACCUCGCCGAAACAUCGCCUCAAGAAAGCGCACCCCCCCAAAAAUAGAAGAGGAAGACCUACAGGAAGAGAAAAGGCUGAAGACCACUUCGGGCACGAUACCAGAGUCGACAUCAGCCUCAUCUCCCACACACACUUCGGAAAACACACACACUCCACCACAAAAACAGCCGGUAACGAGACACAACUCGCCCCCGGAAUCACCAUCUCCCACUACCUCCCCGACCUGCAUGCAUUAUGAGCUGCAAGAUCUCGGGGAACAAGACCCAAAAGAGAAUGAACCGCAGCGGGCGCAGCAGCCACAACAGCCACAGCAACAGCAACAGCUGCAAAGACAACAACUUCCUACACCCACAUACGCGCCAACGGUCGCCAUAACAGGGGCGACCUUGGCCGUACCGGCGAACAAUCCUAUUGAGCGCACAGAACGCCCAAAGAAAAAGAGGAAGGGGAGGAAGAAGAAAAAGAAGACGACCACACUGGACGUUGUAACAGAAGGCACGUCUAUCCCACUACCCUUCCCCCCCCCACCGCCACCACGCAGCAAUGGCCACAGCAGCCGCGCCAAGCGACCUUCCCCACCCAGACGCAGAGAAUGCAAACCACCAGCAACCACCACCAACCCCGAGAACCACUCCAAAGAAGGACAAUAG